AUGACAACAGAGAUCAAUACAAGUGACCACUCCGUGAUUGAAUCUGAGAAUGAUCAAGAGGAAGAACCUGUGCCGAUAGAAAAUGAUGAUACUAAUGAAAAUAGAGAUGAAGAUGAAUUGUUAUCAUCCUCGAUUCAAGAAAAGGUUAACCAGGCCUCGGAUCCAUUUUCAGUUCAUCGUUGCAUUUAUAGGAUCCCUGCUGUACUACGUAAGCAUAAUGAAAAAGCUUUCGUUCCAAUUGUAGUUUCAAUUGGGCCCCUUCACCAUGGGAACGAAAACCUUCAAGCCAUGGAAGAAGUUAAGCUAUGGUACUUGCAUUGCCUCCUUGACCGAAAACCGACUCCCGAAACGGAUAUGGAGUCUCUUCUCAAAGCCAUUAGACCUAUACAACAAGCUUGUCAAGAGUGUUAUGAAGAAAAAAUUCAUAUCAGCAAUGACGAAUUUCUUGAAAUGAUGGUGAUUGAUGGUUGCUUCAUUAGCGAAUUCUUCCGCAGGUUUGCCAACGAGGUGACCGUCGACAACGAAGAUGGUCUCUUUUCUACAUCAUGGAUGCCUUUAGCAGUCAUAAAUGAUCUGCUUCUACUUGAAAACCAACUUCCUUGGAGAGUUCUUGAUUGUUUAUUUGAGCUUACAUGCGAAUCGGGAACGUCUUCCCUACUAGGGCUUAUUAACAGUACUUUUAAGGCCUACACUGGGGGGCUAUCUCCAAAGCCUAGUGGAACAGUAAAACACAGGCAUUUACUUGACUUCAUACGAAACUCUUUCCUUGGAUCGUACCCGGAAAGCGAGUCAGAUGAAAGCGUGAGAGAUUCAGACACAAUUCUGUCUGCAACAGAGCUUCGCAAAGUUGGGGUGAAAUUCAAACGUGGAAAUGAAGAUGAUACCAUGCUCAACAUAACUUUCGAAAACGGAGUAAUGAAAAUUCCACCAAUAAUAGUGUUUGAUGAGAAUAGGGAAUCUCUGUUCGGAAACCUCAUUGUUUAUGAACAAUGUCAGCCGCGCCUUGGAUAUCAAAUCACCUCUUAUGUGGUGCUCUUGGAUAACCUUAUCAAAUCAACCAAAGAUGUAGACUUUUUGGUUGAGAAGGGAAUCAUGGCAAAGAUUUGGAGCAGGAAGGAGAUGUUGGGUUUCUUCAAGAGGCUUUACAAUGACACUAGACUUUAUAAAUAUUUCUCUUACGAUGAACUCCAGACCGAAGUGAAUGCAUAUUGUGCGGGUGGCUGGCGCAAAUGGAAACAGAUUCUCCAACGUGAUUAUUUAAAGAAUCCUUGCUUAAGCUCGUCUUGA